AUGACCGUUUCAAAGGGCGCCAUCACUCCCUAUAUUUUGUUGGUUGUUGGAGUUUUACGUACACUCACAUGCGGAGGGUGGACUUAUGUCACCUCGACUGAUGACCACGACUGGCACGACAUUUUUAUGAUCUCAUACCUUAUCCUUACAUUGCCUUGGACCAUUCUUAGAAUUCAGUUGACCCCCAAGAAUACUCCAGCUCGUACUUAUAGAGUUUGGACUGCUUCUCUCUUUUUCGGAACAUUGGUCCCUUUGGUCUACUAUUUUAUUCAACACAAGGUCCACCGUAUUGCUGGGGCUUAUACUAUAUAUGCCUUUUUUGAAUGGUCGCUAAUUGUUUUUGACCUUGCUUUUGAUUCUAUUUCUGCGGUAGACUUUGGCUCACUCGAAAUUCAAAUUGUGGACACUAAGGGCAUAACAAGACUGGCUGCUGAAAAAAAGGCUGCCCUGGAACAGACUGCGAGAUCUCUGAAUGGUGCAUCAGGAAAAUCGUCAAGAAAGCACCAUGGAUUUAGCAAUUUCGAGUUUGUAGUUUCUAUUUUGAAUUGGUUCAUCUUCUGGUCAGUUUUCACAGCUUUGCCUCUACUUAUUUGGUAUUUUCCACUGUGGUACAUGGGUAUCAGUGGAUAUGAAGCGUUCCUGGCCAGCAUCAUCGCCCCUCUUUUAUUGGCGGUUCCCUUUAUCAGCGGUUUGUUCAAGUAUGUAUAUCAAUUGCCUUUGUUAGGUACUGUGAUAGGUGUCGCUGCUUACUGGGCUACUUCUCCUGUUGCACGUUUGGAAUUGGUUGCCUUGGGUGCUGCUUGUGGAACUAUUUCUCUAGCUGUUCAAUUCUGGGGUAUCAGCGCUAGACCAUCUGCUGGUGUUCAUAGAGCCACUACUUUUUCUUUGGGAUUGAUUUUGUCUUCUAUUGCUAAGCUUGCUUUCUACACUAAUAAUCCUAUCUGGCCCAUCAUGCACGAAGAAAAUGGCGGCUGGAACAAGACAGGUGUGGCCAUUGGCAUUUUUGCCGCUUUAUUUGCCACUCGUCUUCAGUACAGCAGCACCCAACCUAACUCUGUAGCGGGUAAGAAUGAAAGUGGUAUUGCGACAGCCUUUGGUGUUGGAGGCUUAAUGUUUGCCCUGCACACACUACUCUCGGACUCUUCAACCCUAACUUUAUGGGUCUGGGAGGGUUAUCCAGUUCGUGGGCCCCUACCUGUCCCUCACGGCUUCAUUACGAUAGCUGCCAUGGGCUUUGGUGCUUAUUUGGGAGUUAGCAAACGUGCUGUCAGUGGUAACUUUCCAGCUUAUAUCAUUUCCAACAUUGGCGCUAUUGUAUUUUACUCGUUUUCAGGUUGGGUCGGCUACCUUGGAGGCCUUGUUUUGACAGUAUACUUGGUGUCGAUCGUACCAGUAAUUCUAGAAUCGGCUGGCCGUCACCAUCCUGCAAAGACUUUUGGUGUAGGUUUCGUGGUUCUUGUUUUCCUCUAUCUUGCCCAUGUCUGGAUUGUUGCUUAUGCAUUUGUUCCGGGUGGACCUCUGCUGAGAGAACGAACUGACAUUGUCUUAGCUGCUCAGCAAAUCUGUAUUGGAUUGGGUAUCUGGGCAAAUAGCAAGAUCCGAAUCCCGGCCAGUAAUGCUCUUGGCGCGAAUAACACAAAUGCGAUUUCUCUUGCUCGUAAGAUUAGAUCUCAGGUACUGGUUACUGUCACUCUUCUCACUGCUUUGAGUGGUGCUAUUUCAUUUAAGCGAUUCCACCGUGAUGACCCAAAGCCACAUCAUCCAGAAUCUAAAUUGAUGACCGCUGGAAUUUGGACAAUUCACUUUGGCCUUGAUAAUGAUAUGUGGGCAUCAGAGGGAAGGAUGAGAGAUGUCAUUGAAGAGCUUGAAAUCGAUGUCAUUGGAUUUCUCGAAUCUGAUACCCAACGUGCCAUUAUGGGCUUCCGUGACUUGACACAGCAAAUUGCUGAGGAAUUGGGUUACUAUGCUGAUUUUGGUCCUGGCCCCAACAAACACACUUGGGGUUGCGCCCUGUUGUCCAAGUUCCCUAUUCUCAAUUCUACGCAUCACUUGCUACCUUCACCCGUGGGUGAGCUGGCUCCAGCCAUUCAUGCAACUCUGGAUGUAUAUGGAGAGCCAAUCGAUGUUGUAGUAUUCCACAGUGGACAAGAGGAAGACGUAGAAGACCGUCGUCUCCAGUCAUUGGGUGUUGCAGAUAUCAUGGGUGGCAGUAGUAAUCCUACUGUGCUACUUAGUUAUCUCGUUACCAAGCCAUUGCAAGGGAACUACAAUACCUACGUCAGUGAUAAGUCGGGUAUGCAUGACAUUGAUCCCUCUGAUUGGGACAGAUGGUGCGAAUACAUCUUGUACAAGGACCUUAAGCGCUCUUCUUACGCUCGGGUUAGUAGAUCUACAAUCACUGAUACUGAGAUACAAGUAGGAAAAUUCCUUAUUGGCCAACCUCCCAACUAUUCCAAUGAGCGCGUCGACGAAUCCCAGGUCCCUGAAGAUCUUCGUUUCCCUGCUCUCUUCCGAGGUGAGGGUGUCCGGGGCCACAGAUACCAUGUCUUUGAUGAGCCACGUUAUUUCUUGUAG